AUGCGACACAUGCGUCCUAUACUUACACACAAACAAACGCCUACACAUGUGAAAGAUAGGGAUGCACAGACGGGUGCAAUUGAUGCCAGUCGACAUUCAGGAGGCUGUCAGAAUGGUGGCAGACAAUUCAAGUCGAGGGCGGGUCUCUGCUCGACUCUCGAGAUCCGCUACUCACGGAAGGGAGGAAGAUCAAAUAGAGAAGCUGCGGAUGGGAUGAUUCGACAGAAGGCCAGCAUGUUUGGCGCGACAGCUGAGAGGCUAGGCAAUGAGACUGUGCAGACUAAGUCGGAAUUCCCUCUCCGGCCGAGGGGCGUUUUAGUCUUUGCCGUGUCCCAUGCUUCCCUUCCACCCACCCACCCCCCCUCAUCCCCCUCGGAGCAACACCGUACUUGCCCAUAG